AUGGGAGAUAAUAACCCAAAUAAACUAUCAUCGUUGACUUCGAUGGUAGGCAAUAUGGCCAAUCUACCCAAUCUCAAGUUCAAGUUUGAUGUAUCACAGAUCAAGCACAAGAUUGAUGAAGUUGAGCAUGUCACUAAAAAGACAUUCUCUGCUAUCACUGGUUUACCAAUCGGUACAUCUAGCAAGAAGAAAUCAAAAUAUUAUUAUGAUUUAAAGAAUGAUAUGGCACCAGGAUUAACAGAAGAACAAUUUGCAGCAUCAAUACCAGAAGGAUUCUUUAAAGAAGGAUUCGAUCCAACUAGAUACAUACUCGAUAGUUUACCAAAUACAAAUGAUGACAAGGAAUUAGAUCAAUACCUUGAUGCAAGAGUAAACGAUUAUUCACGAUCUAUGGAUUAUGUAAAUUCAAAAUUAUUUAGUAGAGUUAGAAAAAAUUAUACAGAGUUUGUUGAGGGAAUGGCACAAAUUCAUGAAAUAGGAGUAGAGUUGCAAAGCUCUACGGUUAUGUGUUCAACGGGUAGACGUACAUUGGCAAAGACUAAAAAGAAUCUUACACACACUGCCUUUUUCAUUAUGAGUCGUUACAAGAAACGUACAAUGUAUCAAAAGAUUUUAACCGAUCUGACACACAUUCAAUCGAUUGUGACGUUGGAACGUAUGUUGAAACAAUCACUGUCCGAUGGUGACUAUCCAACCACCAUCAAACUAUAUUUGGAGUGUAGACGUACAAUUCAUGACUAUGGUCACUAUAGUUGCAUCCCAGAAUUGGAUUCGAAUCUUCACCAAAUCUAUCAAGUCGUACAGGAACGUAUUGACAAGGAUUUCCUAAACUCUUGUCGUAUGUUUAAUCCAACCACCUAUCAAAGAGUAUUCACUGCCUACAAGUUGUUGGGUCGUGGUAAUUCCAUCCUCGAUAAACUUAAAAUUAAUUUCGUCGAUCCUAUUGAACCUGAAACAAGAAAUAUUGUUUUUUCUCAUGUAUUACUAAGUGAAGUUAAUGUUAUGAAUCCUGAACAAUUUAAAGGAGUUGGAUAUAAAGAAUUAUGUAAAUCAUUACAAGAUGAACAUUUUGUUAAUUGUUUAUUAGCUAUAUUUGAAUAUCUUUGUGAUAUUAUGACUAGUUUAUAUUUAAUGAAUCAAUUCCAUGUUGAAAAUCCAAUAGAAGAGGAAAGUAAAAUAUUUUCAGAUAUUAGUUCAGCUUUGACAAGAUUUAAAAAGACUAUAUGGGAUACAAUGCAAAAACAGGUUACACAUUUAUUGGAUAGAAAAUUGGUGGCAUUCAAGAUUGAUGAUUUCCUUUUGAUUUUGAAUUCAGUGACCAAGAUUUCAGAGAUUGGAGAAGAGUUUAGUGGUAGUCCAUCACAUCAUCUUCGUAAAUCGAUUAUCGAUCAGAGUAAAUCAUUCUUUGAAUUCCUUCACAAGUCAAAGGUUGAUGAUAUUCGAACGGUUUUGGAAAAUGAAUUUUGGACUCAUAUCCCAGUGCAAUCAGAUUUUAGUGCAAAGGUUGAAUUGCGUUUGGACAAGAGAUUAAAGAGUCACAACAACGAUAAACAUCUUACAGGUGAUCAAUUAUUCCACGCCAUUCAAGACAAUGGUAAUCCAUUCUCUCAAUUGAUCAGUUAUAAAAACAAAAGACAAACUUCAAAUAUUUCAAUUUCUCCUACCAACCUUACUCCAUCUUCUUCUUCACCUUCUUUAAAAGAAAAAGAAAAAGAAAUUAAUAAGAAUAAUAAGGAUGAUGAUAGUAGUAGUGAAGAAGAAUAUUAUGAAGAAGAAGAAGAAGAUAGUGAUGACGAAAAUAACAAAAAAAAUAAUAACAAAAAGAAUAAUAAUAAUAAUAAUAAUAAGAGAAAUGGAAAUGGAGCAUCAGGAGGAAAGAAAACAAAACAAGAAGAAAAGAAAGAAGAAACUAAAAAUGUUUUAGUAUCUUCAGCUACCAUUUCUUUUGUUAGAAAUAUUGCAAACUUGGAGGCACUCACCACCAAGAUUGAAAAGACCAUCUCUCAGGAAAAGCAAAACGAAGAUCUUUCAUUUACCAAACCAGCAUUGUUCAAGUUUAUCAAUCGCAUGAAGGAGCGUCUCGGUCUGCCCCUCAUUGCCACUGCCUCGUCCAACCUCAGUUCCAUCACGUCGGGUCUCAGCACCAUUGGCAAUAUCUCUGGUAUCUCUAGCUUUGCCAAUUUGGCAUCGAACCAAUUCUCACAGAUAAAGUCGGUCAUUAAAGAGACGACAGCCACGGUUGGAAACAAGCAGAAAUCACCCAAUUUGGACGCCAUGUAUGCUACACCCGCCGGCAGCGGUCAGCUUGGAGGUGGUGCACCCGCUUCACCAACGAGUGUGCGUUGGAUUGCGCCACGUAUCAACUACUCGGCUUUGGAGCUCGGUGAUCCCAACCUCAUGUUUAAUUUGCCCGUGCGUAUCAUUGCCGUCGAGUCACUCUCGUUUAUCGAGGAGGCGUUGCGUGUCGCCUUAUCAGUCUUCCAGCCUCUGCUGCCAUCCAACCACACGGACAAGAUCAACGAGUUUUAUGCACAGGUCAUUAGCAUCAUUCCCGACUUGCAGACACACUUUAUAAAGACAACAGUGUCUGCCUAUUUUUCACAUGCGUGCGGACCACUCUAUUUCUCCAACACUAUUGCCGAGGAACGUUGGAACAACAAAGAGGUGCGUGGCACCAAGAUGGUGGCCUAUGCCGAGGACUUUUUAAAAGAGUUUAACAAGUUCUUUAAACGUCUAGACGACGCCAUCAAACAACAAGAGUUUAUCACGGCCAAAGAAAAGAAAAAGAUUGUCGUGGCUUCACUCGAAUUCUUUGUACAACAGUUGGUUGAUGGUUACAGUCGCGUAAAGUCGUGCUCACCAGAAGGUCGUAACAACAUGGUGCAAGAUUUGCUCAACAUUAGCGCCAAGCUAGAGAAACUUGCUGGCGUCCCCUUUAACGUCAGCUAUGCCCAAAACUAUCUCCGUGGUUACAUCACAUUUGCUGCCCUCACCGAACCAGAAAUCAUCCAAUGGGCUCGUGACCAUGAGGAAUAUCCUAUCAAACACGUCUCCACUCUUGUACUUCAAUCUGUAUCCUCUAAAAUCGAUAAAAAUCAAUUGGUUCAACAUCUUGAAGAAAUGGAUCGUAAACGUAGACAUUUAUCAUCAGUCUCUACUACUACUACUACAACAAAAUCAAAUUAA